AUGAAGGACCCACCAGAACAAGAGGAAGAGGAUAACUCAGAGCUUCCGACGAUCGAACCACUCAAAGAGGAAGUUCUAGAUCCUUCUUAUCCUGAUAGAAAAGUGUUGGUUGGAUCCCUCCUAUCUGAAGAUAAGGUAGGACAACUAAUGAAGUUAUUAAGAGAGAAUAAGGAUGUGUUCGCGUGGUCACAUAUAGACAUGCUGGGGAUCGACUCGGAGAUCACGUGUCAUUGA